AUGGAGUCGGAUUCGGAUGAAGAUAUUGAGAACUUCGACAUCUUCCGCGAUCUAGAUUUGGAUCUAAUGGAUGUGUUCACCCGAUCACAGCGAGCCGAGCUUAGAAGAAUGGCCAGAAUGCAUAAUCUUCGAACCACAAGCGAUUUUGUGAGGUUGUUUCAACAACGAAGAAACGAACGCAUAUUGAAGAUUCACUGGCUUUUUGGCUUCUUUCCACUUCCAAAUGUCGACUACGCUUUGCUCUGGAGACGUCAUAGACCAGCCGAUUUGGUCAGAUCCAGCAUGAGAUUCUUUGUUGCCAUAACAGCAGCAGCUGUUAGACUAAGCCGGCUUUUUGUUUACGGAAUUGCUGUGUUCCAGUGGCUCAGGGACAUACUCCAAGCUGUGUUGAUUUAUAGUUCCAUGGUGACAUUCUCGCCGAACUUCUUCGUCGAUAUCGAGACCUAUAUAUUCAGAGAUAGCAAAGAUGUUUUGCGACCUCGAAAUGCAACAUCGUGGAUAGAUAAUCUACCGAUAAAUGAUGGAAGUGUGUUCGACUGGAACUUGUGGUUGACCUUGCUACGAGACAUGGUCUCUAGUACAGUGCGGUUACAGUGUUCCACUGACCUGGUCACCAAGGAACAAACAUGUGAGAUCGAUAGGAAUGCGUUGAUAUUUCGUUUCAGCGACGUCGUUGCCCUCCACUUCCCCAUCUUCGACAGAUUGCCAUCAAUAGUGCUCACAAUUCUUAUGGUGUUCAUCUACGUUGCGUACGGAUUUGCGGGCCAAAUGAUCUCCUUCAACGUGUUGUUUUACUUCAUGAUGCAAGUAUACAAUCGUCUUAGUAGCAUGAUAAGAUUCACAACGGGCAUUGCAAAGAUAUUAUGGCACAACGGUGCUGACUUGAUAAUGUGA